GGAAUGCUUGUUUUUAUUAUUUACUCCGUAUCAAUUAAUAUUUUCAUCUAUGAAUAAAAACAACUUUAAUAAAAGCACAGAGUAUACUUGCUUGUAAAUGAUACUCCAUAUUAACUAUUAAGAAUUGGGAUUGAAGAGAUGGCUGUAUCUUUGUAUUUCUGGCUAAUAGAUUGAAGAGAUGGCUGUAUCUUUGUAUUUCUGAACAGCAAAGUGCUUUUAUUCCGGGUAGAUAUAUAGUUGAUAAUAUUUUGCUUGCCUUUGAGACUCAACAUUUUUUAAAACGAAAGCGACAGGGCAUACAGGCUAUGUAGCUCUGAAGCUGGAUGAGUAAGGCAUAUGAUAGGGUGGAAUGGGCUUUUUUGAGAGGAAUGAUGCUUCAUCUAGGCUUCGAUGAGCGAUGGGUGAAUUUGAUUAUGGAAUGUGUCAGUUCGGUAUCGUACUCUAUUCCAUUUGACGAUACGGAUAUUGACACGUUGCCACCGGGGAGAGGGCUGCGUCAGGGUGAUCCUCUAUCGCCCUAUUUGUUCUUAAUUGUUGCUGAGGGACUUAGUGUCUUACUACGCCAGUAUGAGAGUGCAGGGCGGAUCCAUGGGGCUGUAAUCGCUCGGAGGGCUCCUAUGAUCUCUCACUUAUUUUUUGCAGAUGACAGCCUCCUGUUUUUUAGAGCCAAUCAUGGGGAGGCAGCCCUUAUAAAAGAAACGCUGGCAGACUACGAGGAAGCGUCAGGUCAGGUAAUUAAUUUCCAUAAAUCCCGGAUUUUCUUCAGUUCGAAUGUGAGCACCGAUUGCAGAGCAGGGCUGAUAGAUCUCCUGGGCGUCGGAGUGGCGGGGCCGAAUGAAAAAUACUUGGGUCUCCCGGCCUUAUUGGGUAGGGGAAAAAAGGAUAUCCUUAGUUUUCUCUGACAGAGAGUGGUCAGCCGCAUUCAGAAUUGGAAUAAUAAAUUUCUUUCUAAAGCUGGAAGGGAAGUGUUAUUGAAAUCAGUUAUUCAAGCCAUGCUCACCUAUGCAAUGAAUGUGUUCCUUCUACCUAACGAUCUUUGCAGAGAGAUUGAAGUGUUAAUGAAUGGGUAUUGGUGGAAGGGAAAAGCCGGGUCAGGUAUCUGAUGGAAGAAUUGGGCUUCUCUCAGUACUCCGAAAAAAGUUGGCGGCCUGGGUUUCCGGAAACUUCAUGAAUUUAAUUUAGCCAUGUUGUCUAAACAGGCUUGGCGUCUUUUUACUAAUCCGGACUCCUUAGUCGGGAGAGUUUUUAAAUCCCGCUAUUUUCCGCGGGGAACAUUUUUGACAGCUACCCUUGGACAUAAUACCUCUUUUGUUUGGAGGAGCUUAUUUGAAACUCAGGAUAUCAUUCGGGAUGGUUUCAAGUGGCGGGUUGGGGAUGGCAGGUCUAUUAACAUCUGGGAAGAUCCGUGGCUGCCUGACCCAUCCAAUCCGAAGGUUAUUACAGUGCCAGGCGAAGGCUUACACGAGCCCGCGGUUAGGAGUCUCAUGGAUGUAGAUGGCAAAUGAUGGGAUAUGGACAUUCUCAAUGACAUUCUGGAUGAUAGGGAUGUGGACUUGAUCCGAAGAAUUCCCCUUAGCCUCCGUCCGGUUUCCGAUGUUAAACAGUGGAGGUGGGGGGAGGAUGGGCGGUUCUCGGUUAAGAGUUGCUAUAGGCGGAUAGUUGGGGAGAUAAACCCUGUGAAUUGGACAGGGUGGACUGAAAUGUGGAAUUGGAAAAUUCCUCGUAAGAUUAAAAUUUUUUUCUGGCAGGUUUGUAGCGGUUGUUUGCCAACGAAAGAUUUGUUGAGAGCCCGGCAGGUGAACUGUUCAGGGAACUGUGGACUGUGUGGCAGUGCGGGUGAAUCUUUAUUACACAUUUUCAAACUAUGCCCGGUAGCACAAGAGGCUUGGAGAACAGCGGCGAGGAGUUGGACGAGCUAUGGAGGGGACAACUUUAUGGAGCAACUCAAAAUUGAAUUUCAAUCAAGAAGAAAAGAGUCUCUGGAAGUUUUGAUAGGGGGAUGUUGGGCACUCUGGUGCGAAAGAAACAGGAGAGUAUGGCAACGUGUUUCUUCAUCUGCUAAGGUUUUCAUGGAUAGGGCCCAUUAUUUUAUUUCAGGUUGGAAGCAGGCUCAGUUCGAGAAAGGAAGAAGACCAGCGGCUGUAGCCGUUGCUCCUACAAAUUGGCGCAGACCAGCUCCGGGCAGAUUGAAGUUAAAUGUGGAUGCUGCAGUUAGAUCGGAUCGUUGCGGCUUAGGAUGGUGCUUACGGGACGAAGAUGGUAAUUUUGUGGCGGGUACAGCAAUGCCGUGGCCUGGAAUAUUGUCGUCUUUGGAGGCAGAACUGAUUGCAAUUAGGGAAGCCCUCAGCUGGUUACAGGGGACAGGUUGGCAGAGCGUGGAAGUGGAGUCCGAUGCUUCGCGUGCUAUCUCGGAGAUCAAGAAGCAUACCAGUUUUUCCUCUUUUGGGUUAAUUGCAGAAGACAUAAGGGAGCUAGCAACAAAUUUUGCUAAUAUCUCGUUCUUUUUUACGCGACGGUCAGCGAACAAGCUUGCCCACUCUAUUGCUAAGGCCGCUUGUUCUAUGUCUUAUUCGUGCUCUUGGUUUUAUGUUAUUCCUUCGUUUUUAUCUUGUAUUUUUUACAAUGACUUGAUUAAUAAAAGUUGAGCAUUCUACUUGCAAAAAAAAAGAAUUGGGAUUGAACUCGGCCCUCC